UUGACGUCACACGAAGGCAAAUAGGAUUGGGUUGUGCUAGAUAAAAGUGUAAAAUUUUCUAAUAUUUAUCACUGAAAGAUCUCUGUAUUUUAUAAAUAAUGCAUUUUACUGUAAAAUACUGUGUCGUAUUUGAUAUCUUUCCAAUAAUUUCUUGAAACUUAUAAUUUUUUAAGGUUAUAAACCGCAAGUGCAGUAUUUACACGUAUGCAGCUGUGGUGCUGGUGUAAAAUUGUGUUUCUGUGAUUUCAAGCCUGAAAUGACGUGAAAGAAGCAUUUAAUUUAAAUCUAGAUACAAUGCUGCCUCUUAUACAAAAGGAUACGCGAGUAUCGCGGAGUCCGAUUGGAGGCAUUCGUGAAAAAUUUCAAAACUGGCUUAGGUUGAUAUUUUCGGACAGAAAUUCCAAGAAUUUAUUUCUUUUCUUAAUUUUGAAUUUGUCCUUUGCAUUCGUUGAAUUGUUUUACGGAGUAUGGACAAAUAGUUUAGGUCUCAUAUCUGAUGCAUUCCAUAUGUUCUUUGACUGCACGGGGCUAGUAGCAGGCCUUGCUGCAUCUCUGGUGUCCAAAUGGAGGGCAAAUGAACGCUUUUCAUAUGGCUAUGCAAGAGCAGAGGUGCUGGCGGGCUUUGUAAAUGGACUCUUCUUGCUUUUUAUAUCCUUCUUCAUUAUGAAAGAAGCUGUUGAACGGGCUAUUGAACCUCCUGAGGUAAAACAUGAACGCCUUCUAGUCGUAUCAAUACUCGGUUUCCUAGUGAACCUGAUAGGAAUAUACGCAUUCCACCACGGGCACGGGCACGGGCACGGUGGCCACGGGCAUUCCCACGGUGGCCACGGUCAUUCACACAACCACAACUCGCACGGACACUCGCACGACGACAUGGAAGCCCCCACCGGCGCGGGCUCUGCCAUCAUGCGCGGAGUGUUCCUGCACGUACUCGCAGACACCCUCGGCUCCGUCGGUGUGAUCAUAUCCGCGAUAUUGAUGCAGACGUUUGGCUGGAUGCGAGCGGAUCCGAUUUGCUCGAUGGCUAUAGCUCUGCUUAUAGCGGGUAGUGUGUUCCCGCUAGUGAUGGAUUCCGGUGGUGUUCUUAUGCAACGGACUCCAGAGUCUCUAGAGCGCGCCCUCCCUAAUUUAUACACCCGAGUGAUGGGCUUAGCGGGUGUACAUUCAGUCCAAGACCCACACUUUUGGACUCUUUGUAGUGAUAUUCAUAUAGGAGCUAUCAAACUAGAGGUCGCCAGAGAGGUAGACCCGCGGUAUAUUACCGAACAAGCCGCGAGAAUUUUUCGGGAGGUGGGUGUCAAACACCUGACGGUUCAACUAGAUUAUUCACCGCUUUGAUUAGAAACAUAAUAAUGUAUCACAAAUGUACAUAAUACCACAGAGUGGACGUUUUAUUGUAUAUAAGGCAAACUAAUUUAAUUUUGUGAGCGCAAACUACCGAUAUCCACUGA